AUGUCUGAAACUCAACCACUUCUUCCUCCAGACACUCAACAACUACCUCUGCAAAGACGCAUUGUGGCUCCAGUUCGAGUAGAACCUAAAGUGUUUUUUGCGAAUGAGCGAACAUUUCUCUCUUGGCUGCAAUUCACAGUUGUACUUGGUGGUCUCGCUAUCGGACUCUUGAAUUUUGGUGAUCGCGUUGGAAGAAUAUCGGCUGGUUUAUUUACAUUUGUUGCAAUGGUUGUAAUGAUUUACGCGUUAGUCAUAUACCAUUGGCGAGCCGAUAAAAUACGAAAGAGAGAGGGAGCACCUGGACAAUCAUCGCCAGGAGUUUUACAGGUUGGACAACAGGCCUCAAACUGA